CCGGGUUGAGAGGCUGCGCUCGGACCGGAGCAGUGGCCGCUGAGUCGGCGAGGGUAAGGGGCCGCGCCGGGCAGGGUCUUGGGGCCGGAAUCGGGCAGCUGAGCCUGCUCGCACCCCUCCGCUCCUCUGCCAGGCACAGCCGCGGUGCGGCUCCGCCUGGCUUCCCCCUCCCCUAGAUUUCCCCAUCCCCAGCUUCUCCCCCUCCCCCCACCGCACCCAUCCCGGGAUUUCAACCCCCUCAAGGCCUCCGCCCCCCUCCUAGAUCCGCUCCUCCGAGCACCCGUUCCUUCGGGCUGUCCCUUCCACUAGAACCUCCUUGCCAGAAGACCCUUCCCUCAGACACCCACGGCCCCCACCCUCCGGGCACCCAUCGCUCCAGGUCACCCACUACCUUGAGACCACCCUCCCGGGGUCGCAUGCCGGGAGUCUCUACCCCGCUCCCUUUCCUCGAGUUGCCCCCCUCCCGGACAGCCCUCCUUCCUUCUCCAGUAGCUACUACUCCUGCCUCUCCGGGCCUGCUCCCCGUACCCAGCCCUCGGUGCUGCCCCCGACAGCGCCGCGCUCCCUCAGCCGCCCCCCUGCAUCUCCUGCCCCCGGCGCCAUGGCGUGUAGCCUCAAGGACGAGCUGCUCUGCUCCAUCUGCCUGAGCAUCUACCAGGACCCGGUGAGCCUGGGCUGCGAGCACUACUUCUGCCGCCGCUGCAUCACGGAGCACUGGGUGCGGCAGGAGGCGCAGGGCGCCCGCGACUGCCCCGAGUGCCGGCGCACGUUCGCCGAGCCCGCGCUCGCGCCCAGCCUCAAGCUGGCCAACAUCGUGGAGCGCUACAGCGCCUUCCCGCUGGACGCCAUCCUCAACGCGCGCCGCGCCGCGCGACCCUGCCAGGCGCACGACAAGGUCAAGCUCUUCUGCCUCACGGACCGCGCGCUGCUCUGCUUCUUCUGCGACGAGCCCGCGCUGCACGAGCAGCACCAGGUCACCGGCAUCGAUGAUGCCUUCGAGGAGUUGCAGUCUUCCACUAAAAGCCUGCGGACCACCAUCGGCGAGGCCUUCGAGCGGCUGCACCGGCUGCUGCGCGAGCGGCAGAAGGCCAUGCUGGAGGAGCUGGAGGCGGACACGGCCCGCACGCUGACCGACAUCGAGCAGAAGGUCCAGCGCUACAGCCAGCAGCUACGCAAGGUGCAGGAGGGGGCCCAGAUCCUGCAGGAGCGGCUGGCGGAAACCGACCGACACACCUUCCUGGCCGGGGUGGCCUCCCUGUCCGAGCGGCUCAAAGGGAAAAUCCACGAGACGAAUCUGACGUACGAAGACUUCCCGACCUCCAAGUACACAGGCCCCCUGCAGUACACCAUCUGGAAGUCCCUGUUCCAGGACAUCCACCCAGUGCCAGCUGCCCUGACCCUGGACCCGGGCACCGCCCACCAGCGCCUGAUCCUGUCCGACGACUGUACCAUCGUGGCCUACGGCAACUUGCACCCACAGCCGCUGCAGGACUCGCCGAAGCGAUUCGACGUGGAGGUGUCGGUGCUGGGCUCCGAGGCCUUCAGUGGCGGCGUGCACUACUGGGAGGUGGUGGUGGCGGAGAAGACCCAGUGGGUGAUUGGGCUGGCACACGAGGCCGCAAGCCGUAAGGGCAGCAUCCAGAUCCAGCCCAGCCGCGGCUUCUACUGCAUCGUCAUGCACGAUGGCAACCAGUACAGCGCCUGCACCGAGCCCUGGACGCGGCUCAACGUCCGCGACAAGCUUGACAAGGUGGGCGUCUUCCUGGACUACGACCAAGGGCUGCUUAUCUUCUACAAUGCUGACGACAUGUCCUGGCUCUACACCUUCCGGGAGAAGUUCCCCGGCAAGCUCUGCUCCUACUUCAGCCCCGGGCAGAGCCACGCCAACGGCAAGAACGUGCAGCCGUUGCGGAUCAACACUGUGCGAAUCUAGUGCAGUAGAGGGAGACUGCAGGCCCUGGGCCAUGGCCGCCAGCAAGAGCCCCGCCAAGAGACGGGAGGCCUGGACUCCGGCCCAGCUUGGCCACCCUGAGAUCUCAGGCCAGAUGUUUACCCUUCAGCCUCGUCUGUAAAAUGGAGGUCGUGCCCGAUUCCCAGACUCUCUCCCAGCAUUGAUGUUCUGUAGCUGUGACCUUGAGGGGGUGUAGCUUUGGUCUGAGGAUGUGACAUCCUCAGGACAGCCCCUGCCCAACCCUCAUCCCCAUCCUCUCAGGGGCAGGGGACUGCCUCCCCACCUCUCCCUCCUGCCCUCCCACUUGCCCUGACCUCAGGAUGUGUCAGUGUCGCCAGCAGUUGGCAGCCUGAAAUAUACACAGAACCCUCUUAUGCUCCCAGGCCUAAGACUUGCCCCUGAGCAAGCUAGGGAUGGGCCAUUUUGCCCUUGACCCCAGCCCACAGUGGACACAGGCUGUAGCUGGUCCUCGGGUUGCCUGAGGACCACCCUCUCCUUCCACCUCUGGACCAAGAGCUUUAUGGUUCCUGCUUUCCCCACUUACCUGCGGGGAGAGAGAGAUGAUGCUGUGGCCUCUGGAAGGCACCCAGUAGUUGAGCCCACAUGUUACAGUCACUGCCACCACUUUCCUGCCCACAAGUCUAAAGGCAGGACAAAGGCACACUCUGAGGCUGAUGCAGAGCCUAGUAGCCUAGUAGCCUAGUAGCCUGCCACUGUAGGACAAACAUCGCUGGAUGAUGGAGGUCCCUAGCAGCUUGGAUAAGGGUCCAGCCAGGCCCCUGUGACCAGGCUAGGGUGCAGGAGGGGGCAGAGAGCAAUUGUUUUAGUCAGGACCUGAGCCCUGGGACGGGCUGUUGGCUGAGACGUCUCAGCAAUCUUGGCAUCUUUCUCAGUUAAGAUCCUGUUGCAGAAAAGAGCGGCUUUAGCUAGUUUAAUUAGACAGGAUUUAUUACCAGGUCCCUGAUGGCUUCGCAAAUUCACUGGAAGGGCAGGAGGAGCAGACUCUUUGCUGAAUUUCCAGGAACAAAAACUCCUAGCCACCAGGAACUCUGCUCCCACCUCAGGAAGCCACGGCAUCCGGAAGCUGCUGACUGCAGAACUGGGCUCCCUGUGCUACUGCCUAUGCCAGCCAAUGGGUGUCCUGAGGCCUACCUCUCUCCCACUCAAUUCAGUUCCCAAUCCAAAUCUCUAUGAGGGAUUCUGUUUGGAGAAACUUAGAUCCAGAACCUCGGCUGCAGGGGAGUCUGGGAAAUGUAGUUUUCUUCUGUCCAGCCUCAGCCACACAAAAGGCCCACUAGAAGGAAGUCAGAAUGGAUGUUGAACAAGCCCAUCUAUGGCUUUGGCCCAGGAGGCCACCUCCAGGCCUUGGCUCUGAAGCAGCAGAGCCUCCAGGGGUCCCGCUCUGUGGCUGUGUCCCCACCCAGGGCUGGGAGCCCGAGGGGUGGGCCUGCAGGACUGAGCUGAAAUGUUCUCUGGCCUGGCUCUUCUUUCUAGACCUGGGGCCUAGAUUCUGAACGUGGGUCAGGUCUCUGACCACAACUACCCCAAAGGAGCCAGACCAGCUCGUCUUGGGGGACUCCCACCUCACAGCAGCUGCUCACGGGGGCCUCCUUUGGGCAGGAGGAAUCCUCAGUCUCCCCCUGCCUCUUCAUCUCCCAGAAUCUGGGCCACCCCCAGCAGUAUUUUUAUUUUAAAUGUUGCCCAUUUUGUGAGUUAUGAUGAAUUUGUAUUAAAUUAAAGUUACAGGAUGUCA